CAGAGUAGAGCGUUUCCCUACAAGUAUGGAACAACAAAGGGGCAACACAGAGAAGUUAAGCAAUUAGCCCAGAGUCAUACAGCUGAUAAGUAGCAGAGCCAAGGACUCCAGGCAGUCUGACUCCAUCUGUCCAUGUUCUUAACCAACACAUUAUGCUGCCUUUCUAAGUUUGAAGGAAUUUACUGACUGAAAAUGGCAGAAAAAAUCUUAGAGAAGUUCGAUAUUCUGGAUGAACAGGCAAAGAUACUCUUGGCCAGAAGAGCAAAGGUUUAAAAACAGCCUUCAGAGUCAAGGAAAGGAAAAUACUUCAGUACACCCCUGACGUUUGACUUUCACUUAGAAUUUGAAGAGGCCAUUGUUCCAUCCAUAUCUAAGAAAGUACCUAGGAUCACAGAAGAUAAUUCAUACAGAAUUAAAAAAGCAAAAAGGAUCACUAGCUUGGCAGUCAGCAAUCUGAGUGGGGAAACAGCAAAGUGGCCUAAGCCCAGUAAUAACCCCAAUGUCCAUUUUCCCCCUCAGAAACUCAAGUAUCCUUGCCAUACCAAACAGUGGGAUGCGAUAUGUCUCUUCAAAGAUGAACCUGAACCUAGAAAGAGUGAUUUUGAAAAGUUAAAUUUAAGACCACACUUUGUACCAACAAAUAUAAAAAAUCAAGAAAGCAAGUCAAUAGAGCCAUUGAAAGAAAAUCUGAAAUCAAGAUCUUUUAGACCCUUUCUUUAUCUUAAGGAUACAACUGAGAAUACACAACCAUGUAGAAGAACACUGGGUCCUACCAUCAUUUCUCCUGCACCCAGGAUUCAAUCCAAUGCUAACAAGAAGGAAAAAGACUCGACUUUAUUUGCAGCUCAAACUGUAAAAAACCCUGAGGAAUCAUUACAUUUGUCUGGUCACUUAGAAGAUUAUAUCAAUGAAAGAAGAAAAUCUCCCCCACAGAUGGAUGAUUUUAGCACUGAAGGAAACAAAACCAUCAAAAAUGAUCAAUUAAGUGAAUAUUGCUCCAUAAGAAAGAAAAGCUUGCUUCCCUUGUGCUUUGAGGAUGAAUUGAAAAAGCCAAAUGCCAAGAUAAUCAACAUUAGUCCACCAAAGACAGUAACUUCUCACGUGGAACAAAAUGACACAAAUCCCAUAAUUUUCCAUGAGACUGGAUAUGUACAAAUGUUACUUUUGACAAAAAAUAAGCUUCCUUUCCAUCCUAUGGAAAAGGAAAACAUUUACCCAUAUAAAAGAGCAGAUUUUCUUUUAGAAAGAAAUUGUGAAAUCCUCAAAUCUUUAAUUAGUGAUCAAUUUAUUAUUCCUUCCAAACCUAAAAGAAUUAUGCCUACAACAUGGAAAAGAGAUAUACAAGCAAUAUCUUUUGAAGUGGGCCAUAGAAUUGUAGAGGGUAAACUAAGGAAGAAAAAUAAUAAGCAGACACUUGAAAACUUAUCCCAGAGUAAACUCUACAAUUUCUCACAGACUUUUUCCAGCCUAACAAAAAAAUUUGUUGGCUUCUUUGAUAAAAGUGUUAUUCAGGAAAUGAGUGCUAGACAUGGCAACUAAGAAAGAAUGUUUUCUACAGUAAAACCAAGGAACAAAUUCAGUGCCUUACUGGUCAAACAUUGCUCAAAGCCUUUGAAAAAUAUACUCAAAGUUAAUAAAUUAAAUAAUGUAACACCAAUGGAUGAUUUGUUAAACUAGUCAAAUGAAAUUUAG